GUGUGUGUGUGCGCGCGCGCACUCGGCAGCCCGCCUCUGGCCGGCUGAUGCUGUCGUCUCGUCCCUGUCCAUUCGGCUCAGGAAAGGGGGGAGAGACGAAGCGAGAGAAAACAUCCAUGGGUGGCUGUGUGGGCAGUCAUCAUGACUCUUCGGGCAGCUUAAACGAAAACUCAGACGGAACUGGAGUGGCACUGGGGCGCAACCAGCCCCUGAAGAGAGAGAAGCCCAAAUGGAAGAGCGAUUACCCGAUGACCGACGGCCAGCUGAGGAGCAAGCGUGAUGAAUUCUGGGACACGGCGCCUGCAUUCGAGGGCCGCAAAGAGAUCUGGGACGCGCUCAAGGCUGCAGCACAGGCCUUCGAGAGCAACGACCACGAGCUCGCUCAGGCAAUCAUCGAUGGAGCGAGCAUCACUCUACCGCACGGUGCUCUGACUGAGUGCUACGAUGAACUGGGUAACCGCUACCAGCUGCCCGUCUACUGCCUCUCUCCACCCGUCAACAUGAUCGAGGAAAAGAGCGAUACCGAGACUGCCGAAGCCCCCGAGGCUCCGCCCACCGAAGGACACGAGUGCCAGCUGCGUCUGCGUCUGUCGACGGGUCGCGACCUGCGUCUGGCCGUGCGCUCCGGAGACAGCGUGCUCUUCAUGAAGCGCCGUCUGCAGGCUCAGGAGGGUCUCGAGGCGUCCAGCCAGCGCUGGUUCUUCUCGGGCCGACCGCUCAGCGACCGCAUGAAGCUGCACGAGCUCAACAUCUCUAAAGACUACGUGGUCCAGGUGAUCGUCAGCCAGCCGCCGCCCGUGGAGAACUGACGCGGAUCGCCCUGCGAAGACUCUGAGGAAAGAUAAACUGGGGAAAGAGUUCCGUGUAGAACGUCGGAGAUCUUUCCUAGAGGAGGAACGAGGUUCCUGCGAACACGUUGCUCUAAAGAGCCACAAGACGGCAGAAGAUUCAUCAAGUGCUUUUUCUUCUCUUAUUAAGUUUUUUUCUUCUCCUGAUGUUUAUGUCUGCAAGGCAGACCUGAAAUACGGACGUCUGAAUCUCCGCGGCGUUCCCGAGAGACUUCCGGACCUCGUCUCGGCUUUUAACGGAUACCGUUUUUUUUUUAAAAAAUAAAGGUUUUUUUUAACGAAAUAAAAAUAUUUCCUCCUGAACUAGUCAGGGAACAUACGGACUUAUAAAAGAAGGACUUUCUAAAUCAUAAAAUUACUUUUUACUCGCUCUUUUAAGUCAGGCGUGCAUUUAAACCUCUCUGCACUAUAAAACAAUCCUAAAGUCAUGCGCUGUUUUUUGUUUGUUUUAGAGGUUUUGGAGAAGGGAACUUGUGGGUUUUUUUUUCCCUUUGUGUCAUGAAUCAAAUUUCCCUUUUGUUGCUUUGACACGGGGGAAGUGUCUCCAUGCUGUACGUCUGUCAUCGUAGCGUAGAUGAGAUGGAAGAUGACGAGAAUCUGGUCGUUCCACCAGGUUUCCAUGGCACCUGCCUGUCUCUCUCUCUCUCUUUCUCUAUUUUUAAAUCAGUGUAAUCACGGACCCAGGGGCCGAGGAAGAAAGGAAGGGUUGAUUGACUGUCUCGGCACCAUAACAGGUGCUACAGCGACAGAAAAAGAGACACUAACGCUGUGCGCCCGAAGCCGGCGAACGCCUCUGUCGCGUCGAAGGGGAAAUGGCAAGAAAAAAAAAUAAUGAUGGCUUAUUUUAAUGAUACAGAAUGUGUUUUUAAUUAAAACAUGAACGUUUCUA